AAAGGAACGGAGAAGUAAUAAAGCAACUCAGACGAUGUUUAGGACAUAGAGGAGAUGGACAUUUUUGCUGAAGAAUUUUUAUCAAAUCAUUGAGCACUUCUAUCUUUUUGGGGCUUUUCAAACAUACAUUUAUGGAGAUAUAUAUGGAGUUUAAAAUGCAUGGAAUGUAUAUACUCUGGUGCGCUUUCUUUCAACUCACACUCACAGCUGAAAUUGCAUCUGCAAACGUUCUGGACGUGGCAUGCAUCAACUUCAACCCCGUCUUCGAUGCCAGCUCCUCGGCAUCGUAUUCUGGAAUCUUGAAUGGGGCUAGUGUCGCCAGCGAAGUGUCCUUCCAGCGAUCUGUCGACUUGAGCUCAGGAGCGAGGCAAUCGAACUGGUGUCCGCUUGGGGAUGCAGCGGCAGGAUGCGGGUUGCCUGAUGGGUCGACCAUUGACGCAAUGGGAAGAGUAACUUUUGAUUCUUCGGAUGACGACAAAUUUGGUGUUUACGGAUGCCGGGCCGAGAGAUACAAUUGGACCACCAUGACGUCUACUAUAUUCAUCAGAGAUGACGCCCAUUUUACUCCAAAAUACUUCACGGUGAGAGUCAGUCUGGACGAAGAGGUCAGCCUUGUAAUGAACCCUGGAUCAUCCGGCGGAAGUGGCUCAUUGACCUGGCACUUGAAUCAUGAAGAUGGACGCCAAAGCGACCAAUCCUCCACAGUUUCGUCGAAUUCACUUUACAUCAGCAGGGCUAAGAAAGAGGACCAUGCCGGAAUCCACCACUACUUCUAUCCAGGCGAACCGGAUCGAGGGGGUCUUAUGAAGCUCAUUGUCAGAGGAUGUCUUGAUAACCAUUGGGGACCCGAGUGUCAGUACACCUGUCCUACAUGUUACAACGGUGGAGUCUGCGAUGAUGUUAGAGGACGUUGCAUUUGCCCACCCGGUUUCACCGGUGACCAAUGUCAGACUGCGUGUGAUCAGGGCAAGUUUGGUCAGGGCUGUUUAGGGUCUUGCGAAGCCAUUGGAGCUGGUCGAAAUGACUGCAGCGGUGCCGUUUUCUGCCUUCCCGAUCCCUACGGAUGCUCGUGUGCUGCUGGGUGGAUGGGGUUGAAUUGUAACCAAGCCUGUCCUAGUGGAACUUACGGAGCAGGAUGUACAGAGACUUGUCACUGCAACUCAUCCGAACCUUGUGACCCCAUCACGGGGGCAUGCUCCAAUGGGUGCGAUGAUGGCUGGACUGGCGACCAAUGCCAAGUCACUGUUCUGGACAUUACAUCUGUGCUGCGACAAGGAGGCGUACACGAUGCCCCGGGUGGUACCAAUUUCGUCGGCAUAUUCAUGAUCGGUGACACUUCAAUUACUGAAGACCCCUCCUUGAGAUAUCACAUUGGCCGAGAAGUUGAUACUGGACCCGGAGAGACUGGCCAUGGGGCAUACUUUAUAGUUGAUGGUGAAGAGCAGACACAGGACUUGCAAGAGACGGGCCUGCCUCCGGGAACAAGCAUUGGCAGAAAUACAAAUCAAUUGCAACAUUCACUAAGAGCUGUGUUUGAUAAGACAAAUGGAGGGGAUGCAAGAGUUGGUGCCUAUCAAAUGUCUGUUGAUUACAAAGGAUGGACAGAGAGAAACAUCUUGCUGAACGAGUAUCGUGGCGAUUCCAAUUCAGAAGUUUGGCCCGAGAAAUUAUCGAGUACGACGGGAGUUGGCGAGACCGUAACUCUUGCGGUAUCAACGAACACGUCUGUGAACGCUUCUUCUUUGAGAUGGCGAAUCAAUGGAGGUAGUGUACGUACGGAAUGGAAUGGAUUGUCGUCAGUGACGAUCAAAGAUGUUAGGAAAUCAGAUGAAGGAGUAUAUGAGUGUUACGUCCAGAAUAACAGGGAGAGUGGAAAUCAUGCCAUUAUUAAGCUCAUUGUCAGAAGAUGCCCAUCUUCUAAAUAUGGUUUCAAUUGCUCACAGAACUGUCCUGUGUGUUAUGGUGGUGGUAUAUGCCAUGACAUCACUGGGGAAUGUGUAUGCCGAUCAGGAUUCCAAGGAGUUAACUGCGAAACACCCUGCAGUGACAAUCUAUGGGGAAAAUCAUGUACUGUGAAGUGUUCUUCGAGCAAUCCCGGCUGCCCCGAACGACUAUUUUCACCACCAGACCCUGUCGGGAUGUCGUGUAUCAUAGGAUAUGGGGGAAACAGGUGCCAAACAGCGUGCUCUGGUGACCGAUUUGGCGCUGGUUGUGAACUUGCAUGUAACUGCAAAACUUCCUGUGACCGUAUUAAUGGAUGCCCCGCAGGACAGUGUUUAGAUAACUACGAAGGUACAUAUUGUCAAGCUUUGAGAUCGAAUCUUGCGUGUCCAGAUGGCUAUUUUGGUACUUUGUGUAAGUAUCCAUGUCACUGCGAAGGAGGGGUGAACUGUGAAAGAACCAGCGGUCAAUGUCUCGAUGGAGUCGCGUGCGCCGAGGGAUGGGCAGGUUCGGAUUGUCAGCAAGCCCUUCCACGACUGCUUCGAUCACCCUGGGUGUUUGAUGUCACCAAUGAUUCAGUCCUCCUCGUAUGGAAUGCGUGGACGGACGGCUACGACUACGGUAACGGCCCUGUUGAUUCCUACCAGGUUGAGUACACGUGGACCGACGACACAGGAAUCACUGGAGGAUCCGAGACACCUAUGAUAAUCGAAGGAGAUAGUACAGCUGAGAUCACUGGUCUUUUCGGUUUCAGGAACUACAGUUUGUACGUCAGAGUUAGAAGCGAAGUCGAGGGUCAGGUCAUUGCAGGUGUGACUAGUGGUCCAAUCAGUGCCAGAACUGACUGUGGAGCUCCACUACUGGAACCGACCAUUCUUUCAACAAUCGUCAAUGGAAAAGACAGCGUCACUGUGGAAUGGGAGGUCCCCGAAACCCCUUCAUCAUCAUGGCUUCAAUGUGAUUCAACGAUCUUUGGCUACAACCUUACCUAUUGGCCGAAGGAAGAUCCAACUAACUCUACAACUAUUCCAGUGGAUAGCAGUGGUGACGUAGUUGUUCAAACAGUUAAAAAGCUGGAUAGCUGCACGGAGUACAGGUUCUCCGUGGUCAUAGUUAAUUCAAUAAAUUUAGCCGGGCCUGCGAAUUGGACAUCAGCGGUGACUGAAAACAUACCUCCACAACCAGUGAAAAGUGCCGAUGCGAUUUCAAAUUCGUCCAAUCAUCUGAUGAUCACAUGGUCAGAGCCAUUUAGCAAAUGCGGUGCUCCAAUGUACAACGUAUCACGUAGGCUUCUCCUCCUUGAUCAGUGCGACGAUUCAUUUGCUGAUACAGUAACAUGGGAGCUUAGGAACGAUUCAAACAUUGAAUAUGAUGACCUGCUGCCGUACUCCACCUACGAAUUUACAGUCCUGGCUACCAUACAAGACUACGAAGCAGAAUCGGUGUACGUGAUAACACAUAACUCAACCGAGUCUAAUUCUACAGCGGCUCCCGAAGAUUUUAGUGUGGACACAGCAGUGAAGGGAGAAUUGGAAUAUCGUUGGAACAGUCCUCCAUGUGGAGAUCGUAGAGGGGCCGUAAGUUAUGACUACGCAUUCCAAGAAGAGGGAGGGGGUGACUCGCGGACUGGAAACCUUAUGGCGACAAGUAAACUCUUUGAUGGUCUAAAACAUUACGUGACAUAUGACUUUGAGGUCUGUCCAAGGACAACAGUGGGAAAGGGUCCCUGCAUCUUCAAUCAAACACGAACGCUUCCGAGUGAACCAACUCCAAUUCUCGGUUUCGAUAGCGAAGAUGGCUCUACAAAUCAGACAUACAUUGCCAUCUCGUGGGAGAAGCCUCAGUUAAUGAAUGGUGUAUUUGUAAGGUACGACAUCCAGAAGAAUGAUGAGGAUAUCAUCAAGAUCGAGGACGAGGAAGACCGAAGCUACUCGUUUUCGGAUCUGGAACCAGACACAGAAUAUUCCAUCAGGGUACGGGCUGUGAGCAAUGGAGGACCUGGUCUUUGGGAUUCAAUAAAUGUUAGAACGACACCAAUACCUGAACCUGGAUCUCCGGAAACGCCUAUUACCACGGCAAAGAAUUCCAGCUCCAUCUCCAUAGAGUGGCCACAUAUCAAUAAUAUAGAUCUAGGAAUAUAUCAGAUAACAAGUUAUACCGUCAGUUAUUCAUCAAGCACGGGCGGUGAAAAUACCGCAGAUGUCAGCAAUAUAACAGAUCCAAUGGUAUUCACGAUCUCACCGCUGGAAUCUGUAACGGAGUACUACAUCAAGGUUCGUGCUGUUAAUGAUGGAGGACCUGGUGGUUGGUCUGGAAGUCUGAUCGAAUCUACUGAGCAAUUACCGAAUGAAAUAAAUGCUUUGGCCAUAGGAAUUGGAGUUGGCAUUCCACUUCUCAUCUUCUUCAUUGUUUCAACAGGGUUUAUCUUCUAUAAGAAAAGGAGGAAUGCUCCACCACCGCCUUCAAAGGAAUACGAUCUAGAGAAUGUGAAUGAAAAUGAAUAUGGUGGCUCGUCAAACCUGGUACCGGUACAUACAACCACGCCAACCAACCCCAAACCGAAGCCCCCUAUCAAGAAGCGACCUGCACCAUAUCAGCCUAUAGCAGUCAGCAGUCUGGGAAAGGAAAUAAGAGCUAAAAGGAUGUCACACGAAGAAUUCGAGAAGGAAUUUAAGGCCUUGGUGAAUAGAAGUGAUGAGGGAUGCAUCGGAAGUAAUCCAGAGAAUAAAGCAAAGAACAGAUACAAGAAUAUCAUUACUUAUGAUGAACACCGAGUGAAACUCAACAGGUUGCCGACCGAACCGGGAGCGGAUUACAUUAACGCUACUUUCAUUGAUGGUUACAAAAAGGAAAAUGCUUUCAUUGCCACGCAAGGACCAAAUAAUACCACUCUGAAUGAUUUCUGGCAGAUGGUUUAUGAGCAGAGGACCGCGACAAUUGUCAUGCUGACGAACCUGCAAGAGAAUAACAAGCAAAAAUGUACUCAAUACUGGCCUGCCCCUGGGGAGCCUAAACGAUAUGGUGAACUGGAAGUCUUUGCGAGAGAAGUAAAAGAGGAGGGAAGUUAUGUGCUCCGGAUAUUAGACGUUGGGAAGCCUGGAAGAACAUCCCACAGAGUCUCCCAGUACCACUACACCAUAUGGCCCGAUAUGGAUGUCCCAGAAAGCUCCCAACCGCUUCUUGACUUCAGGGAUAUAGUAAAGAGUUCCAACCCCGCAGGAGCUGGGCCCAUCAUAGUCCACUGCAGUGCCGGGGUAGGACGAACCGGUACUUAUAUAAGCAUUGACUGCAUGAUGGAAAUGAUUGAAGCGGAAUCGAAGAUCGAUGUCUUUAACUUUGUGAACAACAUGAGGAAACGAAGGGCAUAUAUGGUACAAGUACAGCAACAAUAUGAAUUCAUCUACGAGACGCUUCUCCAAUGGACUGUUUGUAAGAAAGUAUCUUUCAGUCUACUGGAUUUACAGGCCACUGUCAAGGCCUGGAAAACUACUCGAGAUGCUUCAGGAAAAACCGAGAUGUUGAGACAAUAUGAGGUUCUUGAAUUCAUGUCCCCUCUGGAAUUAAUAGGAACGAACCAGAAGGGCUCAGCGCCUGAAAAUGCACCGAAGAAUCGCUACCCUCAUUUGGUACCAGUGGACAAAUACAAACCUUUGUUGAUGACGCAGGGGGACAAAGCGGGCGACAAUGAUUAUAUCAACGCAUCUUUCUUUGAUGUUGAGGGUCGAAAGAACGCCCACGUGUGUACGCAGUGCCCCCUCGAGUCUACCGUAGGAGAUUUCUGGCGCCUUGUAUGGGAUUACGAAAUAAACACGAUCGUUCACCUCAACCAAAUGGACUCGACAUGCACGCAGUACUGGCCGGAUAGCAAUAGAGUCGAAUCCGGUUCGUUUACGAUCGAGUUACUCUCGGAUAGAAAGCUAUCACAAACCAUGGUUGAACGGGUCCUCCAAAUUACCUCGUCCAAGAAAAAGGGAAAACAUAAGAUAACACAGUUUCAAUAUCUGGGAUGGCCAAAUCAUUCACUGGUUCCGAGCUCCAAGAUGGACUUCUUUGAUCUUCUUAUGGAAGCUGAGAAUAACAAUGCUUCUGAGAAGAAGUUCCUCAUCGUUUGUAUGGAUGGGGUUGGGGCUUCACCGACUUUCCUCGCCGCCCUUGCCGCUAUCGACAAAGUAAGGGAAGACAAGGUGGUAGAUGUUUUCAGCGCAGUCAAACGUCUUCGCAAGUCUAGACCGGGAGUUGUUGACAAAUUGGAACGGUAUGAGUUUUGCUACGAUGUAUUAGCAGCUUAUCAGGAUUCUGUGCAGACCUACGCCAACUACAUGUGAGAAACAGACACAAGUGACUCCUCAAAGUGUGCUUCAAACUUGUCAGACUUUUUUUUCUUUCACGCCAGAAUUACAAAUAAAAUAGAUCCAACGUGACCGAUCGGAUGUGACCUGAAAAACUCCAGUUUUUUUCUUUGACAUGAAAAAGGCUAUUAAGUUUCUUUUUGGGGGCACAUGCAGGCCUUUUUUAUGAAUUUAAUAUUCGAGGAAGACCUCCCGGCUCAUACGAUAAUAUUAGGAAAUAAUAAAUCCAAUUUAAUUGUACUUCUUUAUUUGUACAUUAAUAAUAUGAUUAUGUCCUUUUUAUAACAUGAAUAAAAGGAAAAAUAGAGUAAAAGAAACGAGUUAUUUAUCGACAUUUUAAUACAUAUUUUUGUUUUAUGAUACAUUUUAUAUAAUGCCAGUACACCGUAGAAUCUUGUUUAAUAUUUUAAGCAACACAUUUUCUGCACGUCAACCUAGGAACUAUUUUUUUGAACUUUCAAACACACGUUUUUUUCGUACAGUGUAUAGGAAGAAGAAACAAAAAAUCACAAUCUCGGUCUUUCUGUCCAAUAUUCUUUUUUUUCUCUAAACAGUUACCCCGCCUUACAGCUAUGUAUGUCUGCAAUUAUCUCGUUGUGUAUGAUUGUCUCAAUCUCCACCUCCUCUCUGUCCCUUCGUAUUUUUGUCAUUAAUUAAAAAAAAUCUUUUUAUCCGUCCUUUGACCUGCUAAUAUUAAAAUUGGCAAGAUGAGCACCAACAAUUUCUUGACAAACUCGUAAUCCGCCAAAUUAUUUUGAACUUGGACAUGUUGGCGGAAUGUAUUUUACAAAUGUCCGAUGUUGUUUGUUACCGCUGACUCUUCGGAUAAUGGGAACUAUUUGUCAGUGUUUGGUCUUUUUCGUCAGUACCAUAUUUUUCUAUUGCACUAAUUAAGUGUCGGGCAGCAAUAUACCAUGUUGCGUUUGCGGAAAUUAUGCAUUUUUCAUAUAAAUUUGUAUUUUGUUUAUUUAAUUGUUAUUCCUCCAUUGAUUAUUUCAUAUUUAGUAUAUUAUAUUGCAGGUUAUAUUGCCGAAAAAAGAGAACUUGUGCAAAUUCAACACUCAACAUACACUUUUAAUGUUGGGCUACUGUCCACACAACAAUUGGUUAAAAAAUAUUGACCUCUCUUGGUAGUUUUUAACCAAUACUGUGUUGUUUUCACCCAAAGCGCGCAAUAUUGGUUUGAAAAUACCCAACAGUAUGUUGCCCAAAAUAAAGAGUGUAGGAAAUCCUAAUUUUAGUCAUAUUUCAUAGAUGCUUCCCCUCCAUGAUAUUGUAUACGAAUGAAAAAUGUAAAAGCCAUUUUCUUAAUAGUUUAAUACCCAGAUCAUUCGGGUUCAUGGCAAAAUCUGAGUCACCAAAAACGUAUUCAUUACACUAUUUUUAUUUGAAAAUCUAAAUCUUUGUAUGGUGGUUCAUCAGAAGGCAAUGCAUAUCGUAUGUUGCUUGAGGUAUAACUCAGUAGGCAUAAUGGGUAGUUUCUUUUCUCCUACAAAAAUGAUUAUACCCUAUAUUGUUUUGGUUAAGAAGAAAAGUGUGAUGGGUAAUACGACACCAUAUUCUGAAUAAGUUUAUUCACUGUCGUCUUUACCAUGAAACAUACUUUGCCUAAUGAAUGUUAUUAAUCUGUAUAUUCCCCUUUUAUAUACAUCUUUAUGAGACUGUGUAUUUAUAUAUGUCAUGUUUGUAGUACUAAGUCUUGCAGUAUUUCAUUUUUAUCAAAACAGUACUGCAGUUGACUGUGCCUACAAUUUUAUAAUUUUACAAACAGAGCUGAUAUAACAUGUAUAAAAUCUAAAGUUUGAUUUUGAUUUUAAAACAUUCCAUAUCUCAUGUCAUGUGUAUUCUAUUAUAACUCUGUUGAAUAUGUUAUAAGACUCAUUAAACAGCGGUAUCUAAGGAAUUAAUUAAUUAUUGUUUCCAUAAUUAUUUUCAUUUUGAAUCAAUAUUCAUUAUACUGGUAUUCACCAGUAAAUAUUGAAAUAAAACUCCGAAAGUUUUGUCUAUUUAAACGACGUUUUAUUUAGCAUUUACGGCGCUAUGACUUUGUUUUUAUUAUGUUAAAAAUAAACAUAAUCAAAUAUACGUCAGUCUUUGCUUUUCGACUUUUAUGGGGUUUUUUUUACAGAUGGACAACAUCGGCUACACUAGUAUUAUUAAACUUAAGACUAAUUAUCCAAAUCAUUAUACAUACGGUUCAUGUAUAAAUUGAAAGCCCCAUAUAAAGAUAUAAAUCUACAUAUUUAUAUCUUUCAAUAAAAACGAAAUGAUUUGGUGGAAAAACAGAAAACUAGGCAUGAUGAGUUUAUAGAAAUGCGUCCCUAAUGCAUCUAUUGAGAAAUCCAUAACUUUGAUAGAUGAAACACCUUUAUGUUGUAUAACCUCCAAAUCACAACUAUUUCACGGACACCGGCAUUCAUAAUGGACCUACUGCAUCAUAGCCAGGCAGCAUAUGUAAUUUACUUCCACAAAUGUCACUUUACAAAAUGCAAAAGGGUCCCAAUGGUAAGCUCAGAACAGCACAUGCACCAGAAAUGUGUAGUCCUUCUUGGCUCCAGAGAUCGAGCAUCUUAUUCGCAAGAUAAUCCAAAUGACAUGUUAGGCAACUUUCUUAGGAGCUGGGAGCACUGAUCAAUCGAUGUGUUUAUUCUGCUAACAUAGUAUUAUACUUAUAUCCCAAUAUAUUACAAUAAUUUCUGUUAAUUUGAAUAUUCUGUAAACUUCUAAUCGCUUUUAGACGUGUAUUUUGGCUUCCAUUGAAAGUUUGUUGACCUUUGGACAUUUCCCUGACCUUGUCUUGACCCUUUAUAUCUUCUGGAUAAAGACCUAUGACGAUGGACUUAUCAAAAUCGAAAAUAAAGGAGUACGCACAUGCAUAAAAACACGGAAAAAAUGAGGUGUAAUUUGCAAUUUAACGAAAGUUCGUUGACCUUUGACAUUUCCGGUCAUAACUUUUAAAGAUAAAU